AUGGACAUGACCAGUAAUUUUGUAAUACCAAUAAAAUCAACUACAAGGGAAUCUAAAAGAACCUCAUUACAUUACUAUUGUCAAUUAAUGUACAAACAGAAGUAAAAAAAAGUUAAAAGAAUCACUAUUGGAAUAAUAAAUAAGUACCAGACAAAACAAAAAGUCACUACAUAAUUGAGUUGUCUCUUAAACAAGAUAUUUUAUUCCCCCUUAGAAUUAUCAUUACUUUUCUCGAGAAUAUUCCAUUUUUAUUGUCUACUCAAGAAACACCCACAUUGAUUACAAAUUUAUUGGAAAUAUUUAAUUGUAUGCUUUAACUUUGUGAAUUACAACAUAUCAUCAUAACUAAUAUUUUAAUCAUACAUUUCAAAGAGACUCUUGGUUGAACAAGUUUUCUUUUUACCUCAACGGUGGAUUACAGUUGACUGUGAGUCCUGUGUGCGUGUACGUAUAUGUACAUCGUUCUAUUGAAUGGAAAUAACUGUGAAGUGUAUUUCCUAAUAUUCAAAAUGAAAAUUAAAUCAGGACUAAGUACAUUGAGUAUGGACAAUUCAUCUAUAGACAGUAUUGAAGAUAACUGUCGACAAAAAUUAAAGAGAGGUCAUUCUGGAGUAAAUCAAUUGGGUGGAAUGUUUGUCAAUGGCAGACCAUUGCCAGAUACAACACGUCAACGUAUUAUUGAAUUAGCACAUUCAGGUGCCCGACCAUGUGAUAUAUCACGAAUCCUACAAGUUUCAAAUGGAUGUGUAUCAAAAAUAUUAUGCCGUUAUUAUGAAACUGGUUCAAUUCGACCAAAAGCAAUCGGUGGUAGUAAGCCGAGAGUGGCUACAAAUUUAGUAGUUUUAAAAAUAGCACAUUAUAAAAGAGAAUGUCCGUCAAUUUUUGCCUGGGAAAUUAGAGAUCGUCUACUACAAGAAGGUAUUUGUACAACAGAAAACAUUCCCAGUGUAUCAUCAAUUAACCGAGUACUUCGGAACGUCUGUAAUGAUAAUCAACUUCCGCUUUCACUUGGACUUAACAGCCCACAAAAUGAACACCCCACUGUUCAUUCAAUAAAUUCAAUCACUAAUAAGCACUCACUCCAUUCACAUGAGAAUUUAAUGCAGCAUUCUUAUCCUCAAAAUCAUCAUCUCAGUUUACCGUUAAAUCGAUUACCAAUGGUUGAUUUCCCUUCACCUCAACUACAUCGAAUCAUGAAUCAAACAAAUCCAAGUAAACAAAACUGUCCACUCCCUUUAGCAAUCAAUCAAGCAUCGACAGGGUUAAAUAUGCCUUCUCGAUCACCCCAAACAUCACCUCCUCGAUUCCAUCAUCCACAUACAGCUGCAUUUGCAGCUGCUGCAGCCGUUGCUGUUGCUCAACAAAAUGCUCUACCUUCAAGUAUACACGAUUCACUUGUUUAUCAGGAGCGUUUGAAUGAAAUGAAUGGAGUAAGCAACAAUUCUACAGGGUCACCUUCAUUUCAGUCAUCAGCUAACAUGUAUGACACAUUUUCAAAUUUAUUACACCAUGCUAAUUGGCCAUCAUGGUAUACCUCAUCGUCGUCAUCUGAUAAUCAUACACCUCCUAUCCAGUUGAAUAUUAACAAUAACAUAAGAAAUAAUUUUUUAUCAGAAAACAGUGAUUCCAGACAGCAUUCAGAUUACAUCAAUGCUACAAAUGGCUUUACUAUACCGAAUGGAAAUGAUUUUUUGCAAUUUAACCAAGCAAAUACAAGUACCAAUGAGGAGAACAAUAACAUGAAAGAGCAUAUUUCUAAUUUAGCCCAUCAGUCUUUAACAAAUGAUUUAAACAGCCUAAAAUACUGUGAAACGAAGAAGCUUGAUGAUUUAUCUGAUCAAAUUAAGAUGCAACAAGACCAACAACAACAGCAGCAGCAGCAUGUGAACCAUAACUUGAAUUCACUGUGUAAAAAUGACGAAUUCAGUUUAUUAACAAGGAAUCACUCCAAGCUAUAUGGAUGCACAGAGUCUGAAAUAGAUUUAACGUCUAAGUCAGAGACACAAAAUCAACUGUACGACAAGUCCACAUGUCUACAUUUAAAUAGAAAAUCAUCUGAAAGACCUGAAAUUUGUGAUAGAAACGUCAGUAAUUGCUUGAAUCACUCGCAUGCUGAGAUGGACGAAAAAGCAAACAGACCAAACUCAAUGAUUAAGUCAUUCGAAGUUCCAGAAGAUCAAUCCAGAGGAAAUGUGAAAUCGUUUAGAAUGGAAAAUUCUACUAGUCAAGGUAUAUUACAAACAACUCAAUGCAAUUCAUACAGUAGUACAGAAAAUCAAUCAGAUCAUUGUUCUAAACCAACUCUUUCCUCUCCUCAAUUUACCUCAACUAUUACAAAUGACACUAGUGAUAGUAAUGCUAAAUCUUGUUCCACACCUAUAGAAAUAUUGAUGAAAACUUAUGGAAAAGAGAAUUUUUCUCAAUUCUCACCUAAACAUAAUUCGCAGCAUUUUUCAAAUCAAAAUCAACGACAAGAUUAUGAAGAGACUAGCUAUGAUAAUCAUUCGUCAUCACCUCCUAUAUCUUCAUCAUUAUGUGACAAUAAAGUAUAUGAAGGCUUAAAGAGGGAAGUGAUCACAGGGAAUAGUUCAAGUGAAAAUAAAAAGUCAGGAAGGAAUAGAACAGCUUUCACUCCUGAACAGUUGGAAAUACUAGAAGAAGAAUUUGAACGUACUCACUAUCCUGAUCUAUUGGUUAGAGAACAACUUGCAGAAUCUAUGCGAAUACCAGAAUCACGUAUACAAGUUUGGUUUUCAAAUCGUCGGGCGAAAUGGCGACGUGAAGGCAAAGAAUUGAAUUCGAAUAAACACGAAAAACCGGGUACACCUAGCCUAGAUGAAAAUCAAGGUGAUGACCAACACUAUGGAAAUAAUUGUUCAGCAGUCAAUAAAGCUCAAGAACACACACGGAAUAACGGUGAAUUAGAUCAUAUAAAUCUAAUUAAACAGAAAUUUGAUUAUGACCAAAAUAAUUCUAAUUCUAAUAAUUUCAUGGAAUCAAAUCAUCAUUAUUCACCACUGUACCAUAAUUAUCAACAAUUAUUACUUGAUCAACAGAACCGGCAACAUCACCAACAGCAGAGCGAACAAAUGAAUCUUGGUCGUAAAGAACACAUGGGUAUGAAUUGGUCAUAUAUGUCUACACCGGUUCAUCAAGAGCUUUCAUCUCCAAAGAAACAACAGGACUAUUCGGAACACUUCAAUACUGUGCUCGACAUUCCAAAUCACUUGAAUGCAGUUAAUAAUCAUCUAAGAGAAACAGAUAGUUAUACUGUACUGAAUGAUGUGACACGUAUGAAUUCCCCGUCGAAUAUUCAUCAUUUAAACAAACCAAAACAAUGUCAUAUUUCAAGUGAAGAUCAAAGUGGCUUAUCCACUAAGAUAAGCAUAAAUGAUACAAGAAUGAUGUCAGUCAAGAAUUAUAACGACGUUGAUGAUAUUGGUCAUCAAAAAGACAGUAAUGAAGUCACGUCACAUUUCAAAAUGCAUCAAGGAGCAUUUAUGAAUUCAGAAUUUCCUAAGCUAAAUUGUUUGCCUUAUAAUCAGCUUCAGGAGACCAGUAAUAAUGUCACUGUCAACAGAGUACAUACAUCUAACAGAAAUGAUUCAUAUGACAUAUCACAUAGCCAUGAAUUACAAGUUGAUUCAGAACUGAUCAAUAAAUCACAAGCCCACCACCAUCUUUUGACUGGACACUCAAACUAUCAACCAGUAUGGCUUAAUUCAACUGAUCAAAUACAAAAUUAUAAAAAAGAACAAUCAAACCCUGUAUUAUGGUCUGGAAUAACUUAUCCACAACCGAGUACUCUUUCAACUGACUCUGGAAUUUGUUCUCCACCUCUUCCACCACCGCAACAACCGUCUGUUCUCCCUAACAAUGAUCUUUCUGUUUCUAAUGGACAAAAUGGUAAUCCAAAUUCUGAUUUAUUACCCCAACUACUUCCAGACACUUCAUCUCAACUGUCCUCUAUGGCAGUCGCAGCUGCAGCAGCGGUUGCAGCUUGGAACAAUAAUAAUAAUAACACUUCAAAUUUCACUUCUGUACACUGUUUAACACCAAAAUCAAAACUUCUCUCCUCCAAUCCUCCUGAUACAGUGCUCAAUUCUCUUGAAUCGACACCAAUAAACUAUGGUCAUCUGGGGGUACUCAACUCAGAAUUUAAUCUUAUGUCUAAUUCUUCUUCCUCACCUGUUACUGCACAAACAUCAUGUUCUCCUUCAGCUUCAUCGUCAUCGUUAUCACUGUCUCAUUCUUCUUCUACUUGUUCUGCAAAUAAUAACAAUAACAAUACAGCGGUCAACUUUGAUUUAAGUAGUUUAGUUGCACAGAAUACAACUUGUGUUAACAACAAUACUACUAUCAAUAGCAAUAAUAAUAGUAAUAAUAUAAGUAGUAAUAGUUACUAUGAUUUUUCACGUUACUUUAAUUAAAUUAAUUAAUAACUAAUUUCAAGUAAUUUUUAUUCACAUUUAUUUCAUCACACAAACUUUAUCCCUAACUUGAUAUCUAGAUGAGGAGUAUAAGGCAAUCAGUUG